AUGAGUGUGGAGGAGAGAGGAUCCUCUCAUUAUCGAGCAGUAGGACAAACCAAUGGGCGCCUGUCAAAUAAGACGGAUUCGAGAGUCCUUGCAAGCGGAGUUGUGAUCAGACAACAUGAUAUUCAGGUGGAUGAUUCUCCCCGUAUCAAGAUAAAUAGAGCAGUGGCUAUCCAGUCUACUGAGUCUCAGCUUUCACAUACUCCCUCUCCUCGUAACUUACGUGAAAGACUUCAAUACCCAAUUGAGAGGGGUUCUUCGGGAAGAUCCUCAGGCCAUGAUUCACGAGAGAGGCGACCUGCUCUAGAGAGAAUUGCGGAACCAAACUUAUGCACUCACAUCUCCCCUAUACCUGACUCAAGUUUAAACUCAGAUAGGCUCCUCGACGUGAAUAUCCAGUAUGAUGGUUUGGAGAACCAACAACACUUCAGCCCUGGGUUUAAUAUAGGCUCUUCACAACAAUCUCGUAUACCAGCUACUCUUGAACUGAGUGAUGCCAAUGAAGCUGGACCUAGUAAUUUCAAGGGUAGAACUGCUCAACCUCCUUCCUCAAAGACUGCAGGAAAAAGGAAGGUUACAAAAGCUAACCCAAAAACAACUGUCAAGAGAAGCUCAAAAGCUACCCUGCCAGGAGUUAAACUCAAGACUGUGAUGGUCUCAAGAGCUUUAAAUCCUUCUCGCAAGAGACAGUGUACUGAUAAUAAUUCUAUACCUUGUAAUAAGGCAACUACUAGUGACUCUUCUCGCCACAUAUAUAGCCUAAUUCUCACAGUAUCGGUCUUAUCUUAUGUCAAGUAG